GAAACAGAACCGAGUAAUAAUUGUAAGAGUUAUCACGUUGCAAAAACAUUUGUUUCAGAUGUUAAAAAUUGUGAUUAAGUUUUUAAAAACAUUUAAAUUUAUGGAAUAUUGAGUGUAUUUAAGUUUUCUUAUUCUGUCUUAGGAUAUUAAAAUCAAAAUGUUCUUUUUGUACAUUGUUAUUUUGUUUGUUACCACCCCAAUUGUUAAAGGUGAAGGGGAUACAGUUUGUGACUGCCAGGAAGUCGGACUAUUAAAGGAAAUAGUGCAACAAGUUCUGAUAGAGCAACGAAUGGAGUCUGCUAGACUUAGUAGGGUAGAGGCGAAACUGAGAGCAUGUGAAGCAACUAAGCCGAUUCCAAAUGCUCGUUUGGCAAAGUUAGAAGAAAACAUGAGAGAUAUAAAUGUGAAAUUUAAUGAAACAGUUACCGGGACUAAGGGCAAACACACUCCUAAGGGAUUCCGCAUGGACAUUGGUGCAGUUAUGAAAAAGACAUUAAUGUCAGAGAAACAUGAAACGAGAAAAAUAGUGACAGACAUGAAUGAAAAAAUUAAGGAACAUACGGACAUGAUUGAAACAUUUCAAGUUGCAAUUAACAAUACAAUAGACAAACGCUUUCAAUAUAUUAAUGCUAAACAAAUCAAACGCACGAAUAAAAUAAAGGACUUCAUGGAUGAUAUACAAAAUGACACUGCAAAUUCCAUCAGGACAGUAUUUAACAAUAUCUUAACAUUUAAAAAGGAACUUAUAAUGGAAGUAAAUGAACGGUUAGAUAGCAUAAAAGAAGUGAAUGAAAGCGUUCAAUGGAUUUCAUCAGAUAUAAUGGCAGUAAAUCAAAGUGUAGUGGAGACCAGAGACAUGUUGGAUAUACUGGGUGAAAUAGUGAAAGAAAACAAAGUUCGAUUGGUAAACGGAUCGAGUCAAUAUGAAGGGAGACUUGAAGUAUGGUAUGAUGGGUCUUGGGGAACAGUAUGCGAUGAUGGGUUUGAUGUGAUGUCAGCAACGGUCGUUUGUAGGAUGCUACAUUAUGAACAGACAAAUCCUUUGGUGUUCCGGUCCGCAUACUUCGGUUCUGGAUCAUCAAAAAUACACUUAGACGAUGUUAAAUGUACGGGAACUGAAACAAUCUUAUCCCAAUGCCAGCACAAAGGUUGGGGUAAACACAAUUGUGGUCACAAUGAUGAUGUUGGCGUAUCAUGUUCACCAGUUCGAUUGGUAAACGGAUCGAAUCAAUAUGAAGGGAGACUAGAAGUAUGGUAUGAUGGGUCUUGGGGAACAGUGUGCGAUGAUGGAUUUGAUGAUAUGUCGGCAUCUGUUGUUUGUAGGAUGCUUCAUUAUCCACAAACCAAUCCUUUGGUAUUUGGGACAGCGUACUUCGGAGCUGGAGAACUACCAAUAUAUUUAGACGAUGUUAAUUGUGCGGGAAAUGAAACAAGCUUAUCUAGAUGUCCUCAUCUAGAUUGGGGAAAACAUAAUUGUGAUCACAACGACGAUGUUAGCAUAUCAUGCACACCAGUUCGAUUGGUUAACGGAUCGAAUCAAUAUGAAGGGAGACUAGAAGUAUGGCAUGAUGGGUCUUGGGGAACAGUAUGCGACGAUAAGUUUGAUGAUAUGUCGGCAUCUGUUGUUUGUAGGCUGCUUCAUUAUCAACGGACAAAUCCUUUGGUGUUUGGGUCCGCACAUUUCGGCGCCGGAACACUGCCGAUACAUUUAGAUGAUGUUAAAUGUACCGGUAAUGAAACGAUCUUAUCGCAAUGCCAGCAUUCUGGUUGGGGAAAACAUAAUUGUGGUCACAAAGACGAUGUUGGCGUGUCAUGUACACCAGUUCGAUUGAUGAACGGGUCAACUCAAUAUGAAGGGAGGCUGGAAGUAUGGCAUGAUCGGUCUUGGGGAACAGUAUGCGAUGAUGAAUUUGAUGCGCUGUCAGCAAGUGUUGUGUGUAGGAUGCUUCAUUAUCAACACACGAACCCUUUGAUAUUCGGGUCCGCAUACUACGGCGCUGGGACAUUACCGAUACAUUUAGACGAUCUUAAAUGUACGGGAACUGAAGUACUCUUAUCGCAAUGCCAGCAUUCUGGUUGGGGAAAACAUAAUUGUGGUCACAAUGACGAUGUUAGCAUGUCAUGCACACCAGUUCGAUUGAUCAAUGGUUCCAGUCAAUAUGAAGGUAAACUGGAAGUGUGGCAUAAUGGGUCUUGGGAAACAGUAUGCAUUAAUGAGUUUGAUGCGCUGUCAGCAACUGUUGUUUGUAGGAUGCUGAAUUAUCCACAGGCAAAUCCUGUCAUAAACGGAUCCACAUAUUUUGGCGCUGGGAAAUUACCAAUUACUUUAGACGAUGAUAUAUGUACGGGCACUGAAUUAAGCUUAUCUCAAUGUUCACAUAAUGAUUGGGGAACACAUAAUUGUAGUCAUAAGGACGAUGUUGGCGUAUCAUGUUCACCAGAGGUUCGAUUGGUGAACGGGUUAAAUCAAUAUGAAGGGAGACUAGAAGUUUGGCAUAAUCGAUCUUGGGGAACAGUAUGCGAUGAUGAGUUUGAUGCGCUGUCAGCAACCGUUGUUUGUAAGAUGCUAAACUAUCAAUCCACUAACCCUUUGGUAUUCGGGUCCGCAUACUUUGGCGGUGGAACAUUGCCGAUACUUCUAGACGAUGUUCAAUGUACGGGAACUGAAACAAGUUUGUCUCAAUGUCUGAAGGGGAUCUGGGGAACUAAUAAUUGUGGACACCAUGAAGAUGUUGGCAUAUCGUGUACACCAGCUCGAUUAGUUAACGGGUUAGGUCAAUACGAGGGGAGAUUGGAAGUAUGGCAUAAUGGGUCUUGGGGAACAGUAUGUGAUGAUGGUUUUGAUGCGCUGUCAGCAACGGUUGUUUGUAAGAUGCUGCACUAUUCACA